CUCCAUCAGUCUAUCCAACUUGGAUUUUUUGAUUGGGCGCGCCAAAACUCACCAAACUCAAAAGUCCAAACGUUAUUUAUUGCUAGUAAAUGAACAUGACGAUUCAUAUUCAAAAUCGACGUUGAAUUUUCAACGACUACUCGAUUUCCUUUUUUACGAUUAAUUUCUGUUUUCGGUUUUCCACACGCAUUCAUUUACAAAAACUCACACUUGAAGCAGGGUUUUGUAAGGAUCAUCAUCGGUGUCGAGUUUUUGAAGAGUAUUCUUUUGUUUUUGUGCGAAUUCAGAAUGAGUGUGGUUGGGUUUGACAUCGGGAAUGAAAACUGUGCCAUUGCAGUUGCAAAGCGUGGUGGGAUUGAUGUGUUGUUGAAUGAUGAAUCUAAACGUGAGACGCCUGCUGUAGUCUCAUUUGGUGAGAAGCAAAGGUUUUUGGGUUCUGCAGGAGCUGCAUUUGCUACUAAGUUUCCAAAAUCAACCAUUUCUCAGAUCAAGAGAUUGAUUGGAAAGCUAUAUAAUGAACCUAGUGUGAAAGAAGAUCUUAAGUUGCUACCUUUCGAGACCACUGAGGGCCCAUAUGGUGGUGUUUUGAUCCAUUUAGAGUAUUUGGGUAAGACAUGGACUUUUAAGCCAGUGGAAAUUUUGGGGAUGUUGUUUUCACAUUUGAAACAAUUAACAGAGAAGAAUCUUGAGUCCCCUGUUGAAGACUGUGUGAUUGGGAUUCCAUCAUUUUUUACAGACUUGCAAAGGCGUGAAUAUCUUAAUGCUGCUUUUAUUGCCGGUUUAAGACCAUUGAAGUUAAUGCAUGAUUGCACUGCAAUUGCAUUAGGGUAUGGAAUGUACAAGACUGAUUUUUCUGAUGAAAAAACAACUAAUGUUAUAUUCGUAGACAUUGGGCAUUCCGACACUCAGGUAACGGUUGUUGCUUUUGAAGAAGGGAAAAUGACAAUAUUGUCCCAUUCGUUUAAUCCGAACUUGGGAGGUAGAGAUUUUGAUGAAGUGUUAUUUAGACAUUUUGCAACACAAUUCAAAGAAGAACACGAUAUAGAUGUUUACUCGAAUGCUCGUGCUUCUAUAAGGCUUAGGGCGUCAUGUGAAAAGUUAAAGAAAAUUCUAAGUGCCAAUGCGGAAGCACCACUUAGUAUUGAUUUUCUAGUUGAUGAUAAAGAUGUGAAUGGAUUGAUUAAGAGGGAAGAGUUUGAGAACUUGUCAGUGGAGUUGCUAGAAAGAGUUAUGGAUGCUUGUGGUAAGGCCUUAAAGGACUCUGGUCUAGGUGUAGAUAAGAUAGAUACCAUUGAGCUUGUUGGUUCUGGGUCCCGCAUACCUUCUAUUACAAGAAAGAUAGCUUCGAUUUUUGAUAAAGAACCAAUGAGAACACUAAAUGGAAGUGAAUGUGUUGCUAGAGGAUGCGCUCUUGCUUGUGCAUUGCUUAGCCCAACUUGCCAAGUCAAAGAUUAUAAGGUUCAGGAUUCAUUUCCUUACUCAACAGGAGUUUUUUUUGAUGAUGGUAAAAGAUGCCCUGAAUUUACGUUAUUCCCAAAAGGCAGUUCAUUUCCAAGAAAUAAAACUGUCGCAUACCAUGGAAAUACUACAUCUUAUUGUCAAGUUUUUUAUACCAACACGACGGAUUUCCCUGCUGGAUUAUCACAUGAAGCUGGUUAUUUCAUGAUUGGGCCAUCUCAAGCUUCUGGUGCAGAAAAAGUGUUGGUCAAAGUUAAAGUGCAUCUUAACAUCCAUGGAAUUGUUGAAAUAGAAUCUGCAUCAUUUCAGUUUAUAGAACAUAAGCACCCUUCAAGUAAAAAGUCUACUUGGUACUCAUGGCCAUUGGGGAUAAAGGCCAACGUCUUUUUCAGAAUAAUGCUGCUUAUCGUAGAUUUUCUAGUUCUCGAUUGUCUACUGAACGUUAUGAGUUGCUAAGUCAUAUUUGGUUCCAAACUUCCACUGCCAAUGUAUUAGGACCCCGUGGAGUCGGAUCGAAAGCAGAAUCCUAGUGAGAUGCAAGUCGAUAAUUGAUAUAGAUCUGUUUAGAUUGGUGGGAUCAAACACAUCAUAGUAUUUGAGUUUCCUACAAAAUAUUUGGCUUGUGUUUUGAAAAACUUUAUUAUCGAUAUAUGUUUGCUGUUUGCUGUGAGUACUUUAUUUUUUUGAGCUGUGUACUUUAACAAGCUGUCAUAUAUACUUAUGAAAACGCUGUGUCUUGGAAG